UCUGGCUGGCGCCCUUUGAGCGGCGCGCGGCACCGUGGGGUCUCGGGGCCCGCCGCUCACAGACAAUCGGACCCUUGGAUAAACAUGAUGUGCUCCCCGGGAGAGGGGACCGGGGCUACGUCCGCGGGCGGACCCGGCGAGGAACCCGGAGCCCCCACCGUGCGGGGGAGAAGGCGGGGACGGUCAGGCCGCGCGGGCUCUUUAAGACCAUGUUCGUGCUAACGCCUACCGGCUCCUGGAGAGGGCGGUGAGACUAAGCAAGGACGAGUUCCAAAGGGAGGAGAGUCCCCCACCUGGCUUCAGCGCCCGCGCGGCUGGUCCUUCAUGAUCUCGAUGCAGAGGCCUCCAAUGGCUGUGAUAAGCCUUCUGUUCUUGGCAGUGAUGUAUGUCGUGCACCACCCUUUGAUGGUCAGUGACCGGAUGGACCUGGACACACUAGCCAGAAGUCGGCAGCUGGAGAAGCGGAUGAGCGAGGAGAUGCGCCAGUUAGAACUAGAGUUUGAAGAGAGGAAGCGAGCAGCUGAGGAGCAGCAGAAGGCAGAGAACUUCUGGAGAGGAGACACAUCCAGUGACCAGUUAGUGCCGGGGAAGAAAGACAGGGGGCGGCCAUUCCAGGCGGAUGGCCACGAGGGGCCGCUGGGCUGGAUGCUGGGAAACCUGUGGAACGCUGGCCUCUUUUGCUUUUUUCUCAUCUUUGAGCUCCUGCGACAGAACAUGCAGCACGAGCCGGCCUUUGAUUCCAGCAGCGAUGAUGAGACGGAGGAGGUCCGUGUCGUGCCUGUCACCUCCUACAACUGGUUUACCGACUUCCCCCCGAGGGAGGCCCUGGAAUCCUUUCACAAACACCAGAUCCAGAACGUCACCCGGGACCUGCCCUGCACCUGCGAGUUCGUGGAGAGCUUUGUGGACGACCUCAUCAAGGCCUGUCAGGUGCUCAGCCGCCGGGAGGCUCACCCACAGUUGGAGGACUGCCUGGGCAUCGGGGCUGCCUUCGAGAAAUGGGGAACCCUCCACGAGACCCAGAAAUUUGACAUCCUGGUGCCCAUUGUUCCCCCCCAGGGCACUAUGUUUGCGCUGGAGAUGAGGGAUCUGGCCCUAGGCCGCCGCUGUGGCCGCGUGCGGGUCGAGUCGGAAUGCGUGUGCAAGCGCGAGAAGCUUCUGGGGGACGUGUUGUGCCUGGUGCACCACCACAGGGACCACUCAGCCCUCCUGGGCAAGUGUAACAGCUCCAUCAAGGCGGCUGUCUGCACCGGCUCCUACCUGGAUGUGUGUAAGACCGUGCAGUGGUUCACGAACAUGGUGGGCAAUGCCUGGGCCCUCGUGGCCCACAAGUAUGACUUCAAGCUCAGCCUGCCGCCGUCCACCACCUCCUGCAAGCUCAGGCUGGACUACCGCUCAGGCCGCUUUCUCUCAAUCCGCCUGGUCCUGGGUGUGCAACAGGAAGACUCCUUGGUCUACCUGGUGAGUCAGGCCCCUGACCAGGAACAGCUCACCAGCGUGGACUGGCCCGAGUCCUUUGCAGCCUGUGAGCACUUGUUCCUAAAGCUGGUCGGGCGUUUUGCUCCCGAGAACACCUGUCACCUCAAGUGCCUCCAGAUCAUUUUGAGUCUCCGGGACCUUCAGAGUUUACCCCAGGGAGCAUCCCACCCCAUCCUCACCUCUUACCACUUCAAAACAGCCCUCAUGCACCUGUUGCUGCAGCUGCCCCUAACAGACUGGCAGCAUGGCAUGCUCUCCCAGCGGCUCCAGGACAUCCUCUGGUUCUUGGGCCAAGGCCUCCAGAGAAGGUCCCUCCAUCAUUUCCUCAUUGGUAACACCUUCCUGCCCCUGACCAUCCCGAUCCCUAAGACAUUUCGUAAUGCUGAGCCCGUCAAUCUCUUCCAACACCUGGUGCUAAACCCCAUGGCACAUUCACAGGCAGUGGAAGAGUUCCACAACCUUCUGACCCAGGUGAAAGCUCUGCCCUGUGCCUCGCUGGCUGGGGCACAUUAAUGUACAGGCCAUUAAAAAGGGGGAGAAGGUAUUUCUGAUUGUCAGGCUGCAGAAGAGUUUAUUUUUCAGACACAUCAGCAGUAUACGUGAUCUUCACCUUGCCUGUGGGGACUAUGAUAGACUAAGACACUUAGGAGUACGUGAAGUGGUCGUGAGGAGGGGUCCAGUCUGCAGGGCCUAAUCAAGGCUGGGUCUUUGAAGUUUUCUUCUCCUGACUUAACUUUCAUCAUGACCCCAAGAGGGCCCAGGGUAACAGAUGUUAUGGGAGGAUCUUGCUGCUAAAGAGUUGAGAUCCAGAAGAGGCCUGUGAAGUUGGGUUUUGUAGCAACACUGGAAGUCAGAGAACCAGAGAAUACUUCCAUUCCAGCUUAUUCCUUCUUUUGUGAACGACUCCGAGCACAUCCCUUGUAAACUGGUUUCCUUAUUGAACUCAGCCCAACUCAUAUCCAAGCUGAUAGCACUCCAUUUUAUCCCAAAUACUGUGAUGGUAGCUUCUCGUAUUUUAGGAUCGAAUUUUUCAGACCUCCACUAUUUGAAGAUAUAACCAAGAUGUUUAUUUGCCAUUUUCUUAAUUUAGCCCCAUUUUCAUAUGAUAUGUGCAAAAUAAUACAGCUGUUUUAUGCAUCUGAAAAGAACUCCAAUACUACCCAAAUAACUUGACUCACAGACAAAUAUUAAGUCAACAGUGGCCUGUCCCAUAGUUGAAAUAAUGUAUUUACUAAAAUUAAUUACAUCAUCAACAUCUGAUGACCUCCUCAGUGCCUGGAAACAUUAUAAAACCCUUAAGGAGGACAGUCUUUUGGGGGGCUCUGAGAUGAACAAUUACGGUUUCUGAGGGGAGCCACUUAUUUGUUAAAUGGAAAGAAGGUUUAGCUACCACGUGCAGCUGUGCUUUUUCUCAGUCUGGUAAUGCCUUUGUAUUCUCUUUUCAAAGAAGACAAAGGGAUUAUUUGAACUGCGUGUGUGGGUUUGCAAAGCGGGGUCAUCACAAUCCAGGCCCACUGCCAGGGCUGGACAGGAAGGGACUGUGAAUCAGUUCAGCUCUAACAAAGUCAUAAUU